UUAACCUUCUUUGAACUUGGGUUAGGUGCCUGUGGAAAGGAUUAUAGUGGCCAGGAUGAAACUGCAACCGUUGUCGCCUUGUCUCACCUCUUAAUGGGAGAGCUAAGUAAUAACAAUCCCUUUUGUGGGAAAGGUGUUAUUAUUGAAGUGGGUGGGCGUGAAGUUAAGGCAGUAGUACAGGAUAAAUGUCAGGCUUGUGGGAUUAAUGAUAUUGAUGUUAGCCAGAAGGUAUUCCGGGAGGUGUUUGGAUCCCUCGCACUGGGCCGAGGGAAGGUUGAGUGGUGGCUA